AUGGGUUGCUGUGGUUGUGGAGGUUGUGGUGGCUGCGGUGGCCGCUGUGGUGGCUGUGGUGGUGGCUGUGGUGGUGGCUGCGGUGGUGGCUGUGGUGGUGGCUGUGGUGGUGGCUGCGGUGGUGGCUGUGGUGGUGGCUGUGGCAGCUGCACCACCUGCAGGUGCUACCGGGUGGGCUGCUGCUCCAGCUGCUGCCCCUGCUGCCGCGGCUGCUGUGGGGGCUGCUGCAGCACUCCCGUGAUCUGCUGCUGCCGCCGCACCUGCAGCUCGUGUGGCUGUGGCUGUGGGAAGGGCUGUUGCCAGCAGAAAUGCUGCUGCCAGAAGCAAUGCUGCUGCUAGGUGGCCGGCCUGGUUCCACCCCUGCCCAGGAGCUGUGGGAACCCUCGCUGUCUCCUGCUGGCAAGGCUCUGCUUAACCCCAUUCUGUCUAAUCCUUUUUCUAACCUAUCUGUCACCGGCAGAUCCCCUUGGCUUCUGCCUCAUGUGCCUUGUGCUUUGUCCUUCUGGGAUCUUCCUUUGCCCACACAUGGCACAAACUUGCCCAGACCACGCAAUGUGAAACAAACAGGCAACCGAGCAGCCGGUGAUAACCAGAUAAAGUCAGAGCCAACCAGGAAACUUAGUAUUUUAUUAUUUUGUAAUGUUCAAUCUUUCCUAAAUAGUCAGUCCUGGAUUUCACCAUUUUUCUGUUCACUGCCUGUGUGCAAUCUUUUCCAUUGCUUUUGUCUAUAUUUGCUCUUUAAAAUUU